AUGCAUGAAAGUCACACAGGGACUAACAUUGCGGAGCUACUCAGCGCGGCUCUUGAGGAGUGGGACAUUGCUGGCAAAGACCCGGCUACUGUGACGGAAAAUGCCGCUAAUAUGAGCGUCGCGGUGGAGCUCACUGGCAUGUUGCAUUUUAAGUGCUUUGCCCAUAGGCUCAACUUGGCAUCACAGCGUGCUUUGAAACUGCCCGUAGUCGCGCGUAUUUUAGGUCGUGUGAGAUGCAUUUCAAACUUUUUCAGGCGCCGCACAACAGCUAGCCAUGUACUCCGCCAGAAGCAAAAGCUGCUGCAGUUGCCAGAGCACAAACUGAUCGUCGACGUUGUGACCAGGUGGAACAGUGCGCACGACAUGCUCCAACGAUUUCUUGAGCAGCAACCAGCCAUAUCUGCUGCUCUUUUGUCAAGUGAGGUGAGAAAGACAGAGAAAGAAGUAUGCACCCUAAGUGAGUCAGACAUAACGGCUGCAGAGGAUAUUGUGGAUGCCAUGAAGCCCAUGAAGGUAGCAACACUAGUGAUGUCCAAGGAAAAUACACCAACACUAUCAACUGUUGCACCACUUCAUGCUCAGCUCAUCCAUGAUUUACAAGAGAGUCCAUCUGAUUCCACCUUGGUAAAAGAAAUCAAAGCAGCCAUUUGUGAGGAUCUGAGCAAGAGGUACAAGGAUGAACAUAAAGAGACUAUGUAUUUAUGCACGGCACUGGAUCCACGAUUCAAAGCUUUGCCCUUCCUUCCUGACCAUCAGCAAGAUGGAAUCUACAUGAGAGUCAUUGCAGAGGCUGGAAGAAUUCAUGACUCAUUUCAGAAAGAGGUUGAUCUGAAGAUCGUGACUGAGGUGAUGCCUGUGGAGCAAGACGAUUCUGAAGAAGUUAAGAAAGAAAACUGUGCUGCUGGCCCACCACCCAAGCGAACAAAGGACAUGUACAGUUUGGCUGAUUUACUUGGUCCAACCUACUGUGCAGGUACUGCUGUGAGACAAAGAACCACACAGGACCAUGCAGAAGUAGAGGUGACAAGGUACAAGGAGGCACCAGCCUUGUCCCUUUCAGAGGGAAAUCCACUUAGUUGGUGGAAAGAGCAUCAGAAUGAAUAUCCACUCAUGUCACAGCUUGAAAAAAUUUACCUGUGCAUCCCAGGGACCAGUGUCUCCUCUGAGCGCGUAUUCUCGACAGCAGGAGACAUUGUCACUGCUCAGAGAAGCACACUCAGCUCAGAUCAUGUUGACCAAAUUCUGUUUCUAAACAAAAAUCUUUAA